AUGGCUGCCCUCAUCGCCGAGAACUUCCGCUUCCUCUCCUUGUUCUUCAAGAGCAAAGACGUGAUGAUCUUCAAUGGUCUGGUGGCCCUGGGCACGGUAGGCAGCGAGGAGCUCUUCUCGGUCGUCGCCUUCAACUGCCCCUGCUCCCCUGCCCGCAACUACAUCUACGGGCUAGCCGCCAUCGGUGUGCCAGCCCUGGCCCUCUUCCUCAUCGGUGUCAUCUGGAAUAACCACACCUGGAACCUGGUGGCAGAGUGCCACAAACGCGGCAUCAAGAACUUCUCUGCUGCUGCCACCUUCCUCCUCUUUGGCUCCAUCAUGGGCCGGGCAGCCGUGGCGCCCGUCACCUGGUCAGUCAUCUCACUGCUGCGUGGCGAGGCUUACAUUUGCGCCCUCAGUGAGUUUGUCAGGCCGUCCUCCCUGGACAAGUUCCCAGCAGAGUAUGGGGCCGAGGUGCUGUCCAGGUUCCCCUGUAAAGAUGUGCCGGCGAACCUCACCAAGUUCAGGGACGAGGUGACGCGGAGGCUGAGAUACGAGUCCCAGCUUUUCGGCUGGCUGCUCAUCGGCAUCGUUGCGGUCUUGGUUUUCCUCACCAAGUGCCUGAAGCACUGCUGCUCACCGCUGAGCUACCGGCAGGAGGCUUACUGGGCCCAGUACCGCUCCCUGGCAGCCACAAAUGUGAAGCAAUUCUUCGGCUUCGUGGCGCUGGACAAGGAGGAGAAGGAGCUGGUGCAGGAGUUCCCGGUGGAGGGCGUCCAGCCGAGCCCCCAGUGGAACGCCAUAACAGGCGUCUACAUCUACCGGGAGAACAAGGGCUUCCCCCUCUACAGCCGGCUCCACAAAUGGGCCAAAGGGGUGGAAGGGAAUGGCCCAAGCCCAGAAGGCCACGAAAUGCUCUUUUUGGCUUCCUAA